CAAAUCCACCGUUCUUUGGAGCCUCAUCUCCUCCAUCCAUGGACCCGAGACGGCUGGCCUCCAUCAUAGCCAUCUUGUGGUUAACGCCCACCAUCGCCUCCGGAGAAGACUGCCGCCCUUCUUCUUGCGGAGAUCUCCGGAACAUAAGCUACCCCUUUAGCCUGACCACCGAUCCUCCCACCUGCGGCGAUUCCCAGCACCAACUCAGCUGUGAGCAGAACCGAGCCGUCUUGGACCUGUACUCGACCAAGUGCUACGUGGAGGAGAUCUUCUACGAGGACCAGUUGGCCCGCGUCGUCGUCGCUGACCCCGAUUACUCGAGCUGCUCCCCGCGGUCUCUACCCUUCCUGCCUCCGGGGAAAUUGAUGGAUAAUGGUCCCUACUAUCUAGAGAACUACACCAGCGUCACUUUCGUAACUUGCCCGGCAUCAUCGGUGGACGAUCCUUCGUUAUAUAUCCCCAUCGCUUCUUGCGUCGAUAACUCUUCCUCCUCCAAAGAGUACUUGUAUGCGCUGGCGGGGGAAGCAACGGUGGCAGAUCUUCGGAAGAGCUGCGCUAUCGCCGGGACGGUGCCGGUGGCGGGCACGCUUCGGAAUCACACGCAGGCUGCGGUUCACGACGUGUUGCUGGGAGGGUUUUACAUCUCGUGGACAAGUUUUACAGGACCACGUGACUAUACAUAUUUUUUCUGGCCCACUGGCUUUUUCCGUUGGAGGUGGAGGCAGGAUUGGGGCGUUCCUGAUAUUCCAUGCAAAAGUACACGCCACCCCGUUCGCUGUUACUUCCAACAUAAAAUGCUCAUUAUAGGAGCUGCUUUAUUCUCGUGCCUUUACGUUGAAGGAGUUGUUAUCAUACCAGGACGAACAAUCAUUGGGAUAUCAUGCUUGAUGGUCUACCUUGUGUACAAAUUACGAAGGAAGCAUAGAUCAAUGGACAGCAGAAUCGAAGAUUUCUUGAAUGACUACAGGAAUUCCAUGCCCAUCCGGUACUCUUAUCGGCAUAUCAAGAAGAUGACCGAUCAAUUUAAAGAAAAAUUGGGCCAAGGAGGUUAUGGUUCUGUGUUCAAGGGAAAGCUUACGACGAGCCGUCCAGUGGCAAUUAAGAUUUUGGAGAAGGCCAAAGGAAAUGGGCAGGAUUUUAUCAAUGAAGUGUCUACCAUUGGAAGGAUUCAUCACACCAAUGUGGUGCAACUCAUUGGUUUUUGCUUUGAUGGUUCGAACAGAGCUUUAGUUUAUGAAUUCAUGUCCAAUGGAUCGCUAGAUAAGUAUAUAUAUUCCCAAGAAGGAAAGACUGAGACUUUGAGUUGGGAGAAGAUGCAGGAUAUAGCACUUGGAAUAGCUCGAGGGAUUGAAUAUCUUCAUCGAGGUUGUGACAUGCAAAUUUUACAUUUUGAUAUCAAGCCUCACAACAUCCUUUUGGAUGAUAAGUUCAACCCCAAAGUAUCUGACUUUGGAUUAGCAAAACUCCAUCCUAUGGAAGAGAGUAGGGUUUCGGUAACUGCUGCAAGAGGAACCAUAGGAUACAUGGCCCCUGAGCUAUUCUACAAAAGGGUAGGUGAAGUCUCUUACAAGUCCGAUGUUUAUAGUUUUGGGAUGUUAUUGAUGGAAAUGGCAGGCAGAAGGAAGAAUCUAAACCCACAUGCUCCACGAAGCAGCCAAAUCUACUUCCCCUCAUGGAUUUAUGACCAGCUUGAUCAAGGAAGAGACUUGGAAAUGGAGGAUGCCACUGAUGAUGAAAAGGAAAUUGCAAAGAAACUCCUAAUGAUAGCACUACGGUGUAUACAAAUGAAUCCGGCAGAGAGACCAUCUAUGAGCCAAGUUGUAGAAAUGUUAGAAAACAAAAUGGAGGAUUUGCAAAUGCCAUCAAAGCCUUUUCUAUCAUCUCUAGGCAAGGUGUUCAAGGAUGAUCAUGCAAUCGACAUGGAAUCCUCAGAAUCGUUAUGUGAGCCUGGAAGCAAUACAAACAAUAGAUCAAAUGAUGAGAUAAUCUCUUGCUCUUCCAAAUAAUAAAGUAAGGGAAGGUGUCUAAUAAGGAUAUCUCAGUGUUCUUGUGGUCGUCUAAUAGAACAGUUGAAUAUUGGAUGUCUUAGGAGGGGCUUCCUGUCAUCUGUGUACUCUAAAUAAGGUGGAUGUUAUGAACUUGUAUGUUGCUAUCACUGUGAACUUUAUCUGUGUACUCUGAAUAAUGAUAUUAUGAACUUGUAUGUUGUUAUCCCUGUGAACUUUGUUUACUAAAGUUGAAUAAAAUGUUGACAAAAUGAAAUGAAA